AUGCCUAUCAUAGAAGUUUUCCUUAUGGUUCCUCAACUUGGAAAGUUCUUAAAGGAUGCUAUUUUGAACAAGUCAAGAGAACUACAAGGGAUGGUAGUCUUGAGCCAUGAGUGUAGAACAAUAAUUCAGACAUGGACUAUCUCUAGGAAGCUAUCUGAUCUAGAGAGCUUUACAUUGCGCUGCACUAUUGUCUACAAGCCAACAAAGAUAUCUUUGGUACUUGCUGAUAGAUCAGUUAAGCUCCCCAUUGGACUCCUUGAAGAUAUACCAGUUAAGAUAGGAGACUUUGAAGUCUUAACUGACUUCAUUGUCUUGGAGAUGGAUGAAGAGCUGUAG